AUGUGGUGGCUGUUAAGGAAUGUUGUGAAGCAUUGCAGAAGUCGUGGUUGUUUACAUCCAUCUUUGAUAUCAUUCUCCCAAAAUUGUUCUUCGAGAAGCGAUCUUAUUGGUACUUUCUUAGUGAUGAAGAAACCACCUCGGCGAGAUAUCUCUUUCAUCGCGAAAUAUCCAGAAAAUGCAAUUGUUAUGUGGAUUGGGAAUAUUCCACGAACUGCUAGUAAAAAGAUCUCAUUUACGGAUGGAAUAGAGGAACAAUCUCUCCAUAUUCAUUUCUUGUACUGCAUCCCCUAUUCUAAGACUUUAGUCGAAGUUAAUCUCGUUCGUCCCUUGGAUGAAUUAUUUUUGCAAACUUGUGACAAGAUAAAGGAAAAAGUCAACAAACUUCUUUGUAAACAUACAAACAAAGUGGUUGGUGAUGAGAGCGACAUCGCUGAAUUUGUAUUUUCUGCACCAAAUUAUCCCAAUUUGCUUCUUUCCACAAAUGAACAAAUAUAUAAAAAUGAGAAUCUAGUUGAUAUAUGUAUCAAUAACGACGUGUACCGUUUAUUACGGGAUCCUCCUCGAUGUACAAAACUAGUUUUAAAGCUGAAACCACUAGUUGGAUGCCCUCUCAUGCCCAGUUUCUCAUUGGCGAAUAAUUCGCGAAAAGUAAAGCUAUCAUUUCACUGGUAUGUUGGAGAACCUGAUGCAUUAUUAAUUUCACCAGUUAUAAAUAAUACUCCAGGAGAAAAAUUAAAGUACACAAUGGAUGGUUGGGUCUAUCGUUCCACAGGCAAAUACUUUUGUCCUACUGUUGAAGAUGUUGGGAAACGUAUUUGCGUAUUGCUCGAUAUGGGAGCAGAUACGAUCGUAUAUUGUACUAGCAGUGAUGAUGAAGUUUCUGAAGUCGGGGAAGCAUUUAUUUUUGAAGAAAGACAAGCUACUUUUUGUCAAGAGCCGGCAAAUAGUGGAAAUAUACGGGUGAUUUCAUAUAAUAUUCUUGCUAACUUAUAUUUGGAUUUAAAGCUCAAGCAAGAAGAUCUGUAUUUUUCAUAUUGCUCAAAGGAGUAUCAAAACUAUGAUUAUCGAUAUCCUAUUUUACUUCGGGAAAUUCCUGAUUACCGAGCAGAUAUCGUAUUUUUGCAAGAAGUAGAUGAACGAUUGUGGUUACGCUUUUUACCCGAAGUGAUGAGCAGCUCUGGAUAUGAUUGCCACUUUAAAAAGAAAGGAAUGAAAGUAAAUGAAGGAUUAGUCAUUUGCUUUCGUAAGAAACAGUUCAGAUGUCUUCAAAGCCAUGACAUGUGGUUACCAGAACUUCUAAAUACUGAAACAUAUCCUGAGAACGUUGAUAUAAUUGAGCUACUUGAAAGUGAUAGUGAGUUAAACACCAUGUUUAUAUCGAAACCUGCAGUCAUACAGGUAUUAAUAUUAGACAGCAGUAGCAUGUUCGUGCAAGAAAAUGGUAUUUUAUUACUUGCAAAUACUCAUUUGUAUUUUGAUCCUCGAUUUGAAAUCAUCAAAAUACUGCAAGCAUUACUGUGUGCUCGAUGGAUCGUUCGUGUUGCAACAGACUAUGCAAAUCGCAACCCUGGUGCGAAGCUGCAUGUCUUAUUUGCUGGCGAUUUCAAUACUACACCAGAUGGGGCUGUUUAUCGGUUGCUCAGUACAGGAAAUGUGUCGGUUAAAAGUGAGCACUGUACACACAGCCAACAUGUACAUAGUGAUGUAAAUUUUACUAUUCAACCGUCCUUUCCAUCAUUCAUCUUGAAGUUGACAAGUUUGGGGGAUGAAACGCAGUUCACAAAUUAUACUCGUCAUUAUCAGUAUGACGGACAAAUUGCUGGUUUCGAAGGAUGUUUGGACUACAUUUGGGGAAGUGCCAAUGUGAAAGUACAGAAAGUUAUUCCAGUACCGCCAAAAGAACUUGCUAAGAAGUAUGUUGCACUACCAUCUAAGAUAUCACCAAGUGAUCACUUACCAUUAGUUUGUGAUAUAAAGCUUCAAUGA